CAUAACAAGGUACGGUGCGGGGUUACGGUGGCGCCUGCUUAGGGAGGCCUCACUUUAUUUGGUGCAAUCGUCAUCUGCCCAAUCGGAACACAACAACAAUCUUUUGAAUCCCCAAAUUUCUCAAUAUCCCGCCCUUCCAAACAACUUCUCACUCUCCUAGGGUUUUUACGAACCUCAGGUCAACAAUUUCAUUUCUACCCUUGCUGCAGUUCAAUUCAGUUCAAAUGGAGGCUCGCUACUCCAAGCUGUAUGAUAAGUACACCAAGCUCAAGGUAAAGAAAGCUUCUGAGACAGAGCAGUUAAGUUUGGAUCAAGAAGAAAAGUUUAAGACCUAUGUCUCUGCCGCAGAUGAACUGAUUGGUUAUUUAACAAACGAAAAGGACACGCUACACGCACAAUUAGGUGAAUUGAGACAGGAAAUUGCCUCAAUCAGAUCUGCCAAAGAUGAAGAGCAACAAAAGUAUGAAAAGAUGCUACUAGAAGAGAACGAGAAAAACAAACAACUCUCAGAAGAAAUAGAGAGGCUGCAAAGAAAAGAACUUGAUUCCAGCGAUAUACAAUCACCACGAUCUCCACUUUCAAACAGCAAUUCAACAAAGAGAAAGCGAAACACGAUUCAUGAAAAUGAAAAUGAAGUUGAAUUUGUUGAUAAAGAUAACCUCAUCUCUGGCGUUUUUCAUAAUGAUGCUACCCAGGCUAAAUGCUGUCGUCCAAGGCUUGGCGGGACAGGAGAUGCUGCCUCUGAUUCUUCUAGCAACUGCUGCAUGUUUCAAGAGCUUGUUGAACGCCUAGUCGAUCUCAAGUUUUCAGUUGGAACCUCGAGUGAUGAUACUAUACAAAUAACUGCAGUGCAUGAAUCAAGUGGGUACACGUUUAGUCUGGGAUGGGUGAAGAACAACCGGCCAGGGGAAGAAGAAAUGAUGAUGAUCUACCGCGUGUCAACUCUGGGAACGUUUGAGAGAGUAGCACCGGAAUGGAUGCGAGAUGUGAUAUUAUUUAGUAAGAGCAUGUUGAGAACCUUUUUCACAAAGCUAUCGGUCUAUUUUCAGUCUUUAUGACCUUUGGUUUCCAUGACUUUUAAUCUGUCUAUGAGAUAUCGUAUUCCAACAAAAUAGUGAAGAGUUGGUUUAUAUGUCGUUCAUUGGUGUGCAGCAAAACAUGUGUAUCUGAUUUGACGUAUAUGUUUAGUGAGUAAAACAUAGGUUUAAUGAAAUGCAAAUUUGGCUUCAUUUUUUUCU